AUGUAUAUUUAUUAUUUAAUAUUAUCUUUUAUUUGUUAUAUUAAAUAUAUAACAACAAAUCAAAUUGAAAUUGAUAUUCCAUCAAUAUCAUCAUCACAUACAUUUGAACUUUCAUCGAAUACAUCUCAAUUUCUUAAUCGAGAUGUUCUCUUUGGACUUGUUGAUGAUACAUCAGCUUCUAUUCCAUCAUCGAUUCAUGUACGUGCAUCAUAUGAACAAAUUCAAAUUGAACGAUUCUUUAAUCUUUAUGAAUCAAAUAAUAAACAACAACAACAACAAAAUCAACAACAAAUAAAAAAAGAACCAAUAUUUCGUAGUUAUUUACUAGCACCAUCAUUUAAUCGAUCCUAUCCAUUUAUACGUGUAUUAAUUGCUUCAGUUCAAGGUUCAUAUGAAAAUAUUCAAAUGCAACCCAUGUGUGCAAUAGUAACAGGAGUUAAUGAACAAAAUCUUUAUGAAACUCAAGCUUGUUUUAUUUCACCUACUACAGGCCAUUGUUUAGUAACAUUACCUGUAUUAAAAAUGGUUGAAUAUGCUAAUAAAAAUCAAACAGCAAAUAAAAUUGAACUUUAUCUUAAACUUCAUCAUGUUGCAUCAAUUAAUGAAUGUAUAUCUGAUCAUACACCUAAACAAGUUCAUAUUCAUCAAGAAACACGUAUUGGUCAUGCUGAAUAUAUUGAUAAUGAUAAUAUUAUAUUUUCUACAAUAACACGUUCAUCAAUAUUAGUUGAUUAUCCAUCUGGUAUACAUUAUCCUAAUUGGUAUUUUCCAUUGAAACUUAAACUAAUUCUUUCAUCAACAAAUUAUUCAUCAUUUAUCAUACGUUGUCGUUUAACACCCUAUUUUACAAUAAAUUCAAUUCAAACAAAUAUUCUUAAAAUUUCGAAUUAUUUUAUACAAAUAAACCAAACAGUAUUAAAUCGACAAUCGAUAAUUGAUAUUGAUUUUAAUAUAACAAUUAAUCAAACAGAUAAAUUUCAUGAACAUAAUUUAAUUGAAAUUGAUUUAGCAACAAUAUUAUUAACAAUUAAUUCAACAUAUUUAUAUAAAAAUGCAAAUCAAUAUAAUUCAAAUUCAAUUUUAUUUAUUGAUUGGUUUAUUUUAUUAAAUAAUUCAGUUGAUUAUAAAGAACCUAUUUUUCGAGUUCCAAUUCAUGUACAAUAUGAUAAUAUUCAAACAAUUGUUGCUAUAACAGAUUUUACAAGUUUAAUUAAUAUAGCUAUGUUAUCAAUGCAAAUUCAACAAUUUCCAAUAAAAAUUCUUGCAGUUAAUUAUUCUGGAUCUGUUCAAUCAAUAUCUAAAGCAGUAUGUCACUCGGAAAAUAUUUAUUUAAUUCAAGUUGAUUCAAAUUGUAAUCAUGUUUAUUUUUCUGGUCAUGAACGUGAUGAUUUCUUUGAUCAUAUAAAUAGUCCAACAUCAAUUAUUAUUCGUUAUGAAAAAUUUCUUCAACGUUUACAUUUUACAAUUUAUAUUCCUGAAAGACCAUUACGUAUUGAAUUAAGUGAUACAAAAUUAUCUCGUAUAAAUGGAUGGUUUGUUACAAAUCGAGAUGAUGAUGAACAAAAAAUUGAAUCAUCGACAAAUGGGUUAGAUGAUGAUGAUAUUGAUGAUGAUGAAGAUGAUGAUGAUGAUGACGAUGAUGAAGAUAUAAAAUGUUAUCCUGUAUAUCAACAAUCACUUAUUCAUGUAUAUACAAAAUUUUAUCGAACUACUCAAAAUGGUGAUCGUAUUUAUUUAUUUAAUAAAUAUAAUGUUCUUAUAACACCAUUUAUUCGUGGUCAUUUAGAAACUGAUAAUAUCCGUGUUGCUAUUAUUAAAAAUGGCCGACUUAUUGGUAUUGGUCCAGGAAAAACAAAUGUUCGGAUUUAUUCAUUUGCAAAUAAACUUCCAAUGGGUUCAAAAACUGUUUAUGUUGAUGAUCAAGAAUUGAUACGUAUACAUAGUAUUUCAUUUAAUCUUUUAACAAAUAUUGAUUUACAAACAAAUUUCAUUGAACAUAUUGAUCCAAUUUAUAAAAUACAUUUUCAAGUAAAACCAAUUUUCAAUCGAUUUAAUAUUGAUAAUAAAAAUCAAUUUGGUCAAGUCAAUGUUAUUUUAACCUAUUCAGAUAAUACAUCAAUAUCAUUAGAUGAAAUUUUAUCUGAUUAUUAUCAAUUUGAAAUUGAUGUAACGCGUUCAAAUCCUUUAUUAAUACGUUUUGAUUCAUUUACAUCCUGGAAAAAUGUACAUGUUUUUCCAAUAGCACUUGGCCAUACAACACUUCAUGCUCGUCUUAAAUUAGGUCAACAACAAUGUACAGAUGAUAGAAGUUUUUCACAAAAUGAUCUAUCAUGUGAAAUAGCAAUUACAUCAAUUAAUAAUAAUAAUAACAAUAAUAAUAAUAAUGCACAUUCACCAACACAUCAUCAAACAGAUCAUUUUGUUAUAUUAAAUAAUAAUAAUGAUCAACGAAUAAAAACAUCACCAUUUCUUAUAGCAUUAUCGAUUUUAUUAGGUGCAUGUAUUGUAUUAGUCAUUGCUUUUCUUAUACAUUGGUUUAUUCAUUUUUAUUAUCAAAGAAAAUCUACCGGUCAUAUACGAAGACAAAGACAUUCGACACAAAGUGGUGCAGAAGAAGCUAAUCAUGAUUGGAUAUUUCUCGAUAGAAAUUCAUUAGAAAUGCCUAUAAAACCACAACCUCAACCACAACAACAACAACAACAACAACAAAAUUCACCAUCAAUACAUAGUUCAUCACUUCAUAUAACAUCAAAUCCAUUACUUCAUACAUCAUCAUUACAACGACAAAAAGAAUUAUCUGAACUUUCUCAUUCACAAAUGAUUGCUUAUUUUGAUAAUCUAAAAGAAUCCCAUGCAUAA